AUGGUCCAGCAUACCGGUUGUGUGACAUCUAUCGAUGCGCUCUCUACGCAUGAGCCUGACUUCAUCGUCAUUGGUGGCGGGAUUGGUGGUUUGGUCGUUGCAAACCGUCUGAGUGAAGAUGCCGAGAAGAAGGUACUCUUGAUCGAAGCAGGAGCCAAUCGUAGAGGAGACCCCAAAAUCGACACGGUUGGUAUGUUAUCAACGCUGUAUGGAGACCCCGAUUAUGAUUGGGACUUUAUGACCGAGCCCCAGACGCACGUCAAUGGUCGGCAAAUCCCACAUCCACGAGGAAAAGUUCUCGGUGGAUCUUCAGCAAUCAACUUUGGUGCAACUGUAUAUCCGUCAAAGGCCGAUUUCGAAUCUUGGGAGGCACUCGGCAAUGAGGGCUGGGGUGCCACCGGAGUCGCGCCAUACCUUCGCAAGUUCAGUCGCUUCACAGCACCGAGUGCAGAAACAAAAGAACUCUUGAGCAUAGAUUAUAUCAAUGAGGAGUUGCACGGUAAAGACGGCCCUAUUCCAGUAACAAUUCCGGACGUUUAUGGGCCUUUCCAGGCGUCAUGGGUCAAGACUCUGGAUAAUCUUGGCUGGUGCAAUUCAGAUGAUCCUAUCGAAGGCGAGAAGCUGGGCACAUUUGCUUGUGGGCUGUCCAUUGAUGCAGAGACGAAGACCCGCGGCUACGCUGCGUCGGCCUACUAUACCCAACAAGUUGCGGAAAGACCUAACCUGGAAGUAUUGACAGAAACAUUCGUCGAAAAAAUACUUACCAAUGUUUGGGACGGCUCCGUACAAGCGAUUGGGGUAAAAGUUCGAACAAGGAGUGGGGUGCACGAGAUCACGGCGAAGAAGGAAGUCAUCCUCUCCGCAGGCACCAUUCAAUCGCCACAAGUUCUUGAGCUUUCCGGUAUCGGCCAAAAGGAGCUUCUCGAGAAGCAUGGAAUUUCGGUGGUUCUUGACAGUCCUGGUGUCGGCGAGAACCUCCAGGACCAUGCCAUCUCGGCGCCUUGCUUCGAGAUUGCGGAUGACCAGUUCUCGGCAGAUAUAAUGCGCGAUCCAAACAUCGUACAGGCCGUGCUCCAACAGUACAUGUCCACCAAGACCGGGCCACUUGUUGGUAUUCCGAUCAGUGUGACCAUGCUUCCGCUCAUCGACUCUGAUGGCCGCGUCAGUCACGAUGAAAUUGCCCAAAUGGCGAGGCAGUGUGGCGAAGACAAAGAUUUGCCUCUUUGGCAAAAGAGACAAUAUGAGCAGCUCGAGAAGCAGAUAUUAGGCCCGAAAGAGGCAGCUGGAUAUGCGAUGAUGCUACCACUGCAGUUGAACAUCUCUGCGGGAGCCACGCAGAUGAAAGAGCUACUUGCACCAUCGAAUCCCAAAAACUUCAUCACCAUAAUGGCGGUCAACAACCAUCCCUUCUCUCGUGGCUUCUGCCAUAUUCGAUCUGCGGAUCCGAAAGAGAAGCCGAUUCUAGACCCAAAAUAUCUUUCUCAUCCCCUGGAUCUCGAGAUACUUGCCCGGUAUACGCAAUACAUCGAAACCAUUGUCAAGACUGAACCCUUCGCUUCGUUGCUCAAACCUAGUGGGCGAUUGCCGGACGGCAAGCGAGCCACGGAUCUAGAUGCGGCGAAAGAUAUCGUCAAAGAGCGAUUGCUGAGCACCUUUCACCCCACUGGUACAUGUGCCAUGAUGCCCAAGGAACUCAACGGUGUCGUCGAUAGCAGACUGAAGGUACACGGCACAAAGAACCUGAGGAUUGUAGACGCGUCGAUCUUUCCAAUGGAGACGUUGGGAAACAUCCAGGCAACAGUGUAUGCGGUGGCGGAGAAGGCAGCUGACCUUAUCAAGCAGGACUGGAAGAAGUAG